CAACCGUAAUUAAAAUUAAAGAAUGCUCCACACUCUGCGCUCCGUACAAGCUCCUUUCGCCCUUAAUAAUACUGCUCGCGCACUCUUUGCCAAAUUUAUCAGAGACAAACCUCAUCUUAAUGUCGGUACCAUAGGACACAUCGAUCAUGGUAAAACAACACUUACCUCUGCCAUCACAAAAGUCUUGGCUAAAUAAUAACUCGCUGAGUUCCAAGAAUAUGGUAAAAUUGAUAAGGCUCCUGAAGAGAAGGCUCGUGGUAUCACCAUCAAUAGUGCUACAGUGGAAUAUUAAACCAAAACUAGACAUUAUGGUCAUGUCGAUUGUCCAGGACAUAUUGAUUACGUCAAAAACAUGAUUACAGGAGCUGCCAAGAUGGAUGCUGCCAUUUUGGUCGUGGCAGCCACAGAUGGUUGCAUGGCUUAAACACGUGAACAUGUGCUUCUAUGUCGUCAAGUUGGUGUGGAGACUAUUAUUGUGUUUGUGAAUAAGAUAGAUUUAGCCAAAGAUCCAGAAAUCCAUGAAUUGGUAGAGAUGGAAAUCAGAGAACUUCUUAGCAAAUACGAAUAUGAUGGAGACAAUGCAAAGAUUGUGAAAGGAUCAGCAUUGCUUGCAUCCAAUGACCAAGAACCAGAAUUAGGAGAAAAGUCCAUUCUUCAAUUACUUGAGACUAUGGACAAGGAGAUCAAAAUACCAUAAAGAACAAUUGAUAAGCCAUUCUUAAUGUCAAUAGAAGGCACAUAUCACAUUGCUGGUAGAGGAACAGUUGUGACAGGAACUAUCGAUUAAGGUAAAGCAUCAACCAAGGACAACAUCGAAGUUGUCGGAUAUGGUAAACCAAAAUAAACUGCAAUUGUUGGUGUUGAAACCUUCAAAAAGCAACUUGAUUUCGGAGAGGCUGGUGACAAUGUCGGAAUUUUGAUCAGAGGUCUUACAAGAGAUGAUGUUAGAAGAGGAUAAGUUUUGUGCAAACCAGGAUCCUUGACAACUCACAAUUGCAUUGAAUCUAAUCUUUACAUCUUGAAGGGAAGAAGAAGGAGGUCGUAAAAAACCAUUCCCCAAUGGUUAUCGUCCAUAAAUGUUCGUAAGAACUGCUGA